UUUACAGUAACCUUGUCAACGUUAGAAAACACGCACGCAACGCUCGACAUAUCGGACUAGAACUGUUCCGUCUGUUCCUAACGCUGUGUCGCAGUACCUAUAGCCGCGUUCUAUUCUAACCAGGACCCUUGACCUUUGCCAAUCGAUAGUGAUGGCUGAGAAUGCUCUAGAUGCAGAUGCCAAUGCAGAUUCAAAUGCGAAUGGCCCCGCCCGACGAGCAUCUAGUGUUGGGUUCCAACUAGGACGGCAUUCAUCUUCAAAUGCACGCAUAAAUGAGAUACUUGAGAACGCUCGUGAACGCGCCGAAUCAAUGGCUGGUCCCUCUCCUACCCAUCUCUCACCCCGGCCCGCCGGCAGUCCCAUCCUCCCGCCCAACUCGUCGCUCAGGCCCAGCCCUGUCAACGAGGACAGCAGCGCCGACGAGGCUACUGGAUUCAUAUCUCAUACGCCACCUCUCAAUUACAACUCGCUCAAUGUUACAAGUACCGCGACCUCGGCCCCGCAGAUCCGUAAACCAUCCUUACGCCAGCGACCAUCUUCCCAACAAAACAAUGGCGCUGCCCAGAACCCUGAGACGACCCGACAAGCCAGCUCAGAGAGUGGUAAUACGUCGUGGUGGCAGACCCAGGCAGAGAAGUUUCAGUCGAUAGAGCUGGAGAACAAAGGCAGUGUUGCCCGAGACCACCUCGCCAUCGAACGAACAUUUCUGGCAUGGCUACGCACAUCUCUUAGUUUUGCAUCCAUAGGGAUAGCAGUGACACAGCUCUUUCGCCUCAAUACGUCUCUCGAAAGCGAGCAUGGCAAUAACUCGCGGAGCAACACCCAGACACUACGACACAUGGGCAAGCCGCUUGGCACCACGUUCCUCGGUAUCAGUAUAUUGAUUCUCUUCCUUGGCUACAAACGCUAUUUUCAAUCUCAGCACUGGGUCAUGCAGGGCAAGUUUCCUGCUAGUCGUGGUACAAUCAUGAUUGUUGCGUUUGUUGCUUUGGCGAUUAUGGUUGUCUCUCUUGUGGUAGUGAUUGCUAUCCACCCGUCUGAGCAUGAGCUAUAAUUUCUUGACUCGACUUGUAGUGUACUCUGACAUUACUUAAGAUUACAUCUAGUAUUACAUUGUUAGCGCUGGAGCGAUAAUGUUUCUGCUUAUGGCAAGAGGUUUGGUUUUGACGCGGCGCAUUUAUGGGGGGUUACAUCAUGACUUGAUACCACAGGAGUAUUUGAGUGUUGAGCUCUGUUCGUAUGAAUAUUCUUAUAGGUUGGCGUAUAUACAAAUAUCUGAAGUGAAAGACACCAAUUAC